CCGGUGCACGUGACGUCACAACGGAAGUGACGUCACAACGGAAGCCACACUACAACGGAAUCGGGGAUCAGCUUGUUGGUACACAGUAGUGUAUUGGCUUUUUCUAUGUUCAUCACUUCAACAAGAAGGAGAUCACAAUGUAUUGUCCUUUUUGUGGACACCAGCAGCCCUUUAAACCACUGUUUUGCUGUUCAUGUGGCAAGAGCAUCAAAUUCCUGUGUGAUAUUGAUGAUGACGAGCCUGGGACAAGACCCUUAUCUGAAGCUGAGGCACCUGGAGAAAGUGCAUUGGAGUCAUUUCAGACUUCCCCGAGUCUAAAGGAGAAAGAGGAACGAAUGUGUUUAAAAAUAAAAAAAGUAACAUUAAAAGAGAAGCGGAAGGUUGUGAAGAUUUCAGUAGGCCUUAUGCGGCUACAAGAUGGUGGACUGAAGGCUGCAAGAGGAACAGUGCUUCCCCUUUUGGUGCAACCAGAGGUGGAUGCCACUGAAUUGCAGAGAGCUGCUGAACAAAAACUGAAGGCCUUCCACCGAAAGUUACAUGGUGGUCCCUUCUUACUGCUCUACCCUGACGGUACAAAGAUAAAUAAUAUACCAGGAACGGAAGUACCUUUCACUCUAAAAGAGUACAAAGAGACAUUGGGGAAGGCCUACCAACGAAUCACACUGUACAUUUGUGCAGCUGAAGAUUUCUUUACCUCUUCUCAGGAAACCAACUCUGAAUCUGACUUAUCAGAUUCAGAGGAGAUCAUCAGGAGAGGACCCUUAUUUGAAGCUGAGGCACCUGGAGAAAGUGCAUUGGAGUCAUUUCAGACUUCCCCAAGUCUAAAGGAGAAAGAGGAACGAAUGUGUUUCAAAAAGAAAAAAGCACCAUUAAAAGAGAAGCGGAAGGUUGUGAAGAUUUCAGUAGGCCUUAUGCGGCUACAAGAUGGUGGACUGAAGGCUGCAAGAGGAACAGUGCUUCCCCUUUUGGUGCAACCAGAGGUGGAUGCCACUGAACUGCAGAGAGCUGCUGAGCAAAAGCUGAAGGCCUUCCACCGAAAGUUACAUGGUGGUCCCUUCUUACUGCUCUACCCUGACGGUACAAAGAUAAAUAAUAUACCAGGAACGGAAGUACCUUUCACUCUAAAAGAGUACAAGGAGACAUUGGGGAAGGCCUACCAACGAAUCACACUGUACAUUUGUGCAGCUGAAGAUUUCUUUACCUCUUCUCAGGAAACCAACUCUGAAUCUGACUUAUCAGAUUCAGAGGAGAUCAUCAGGAGAGGACCCUUAUUUGAAGCUGAGGCACCUGGAGAAAGUGCAUUGGAGUCAUUUCAGACUUCCCCGAGUCUAAAGGAGAAAGAGGAACGAAUGCGUUUCAAAAAGAAAAAAGUAACAUUAAAAGAGAAGCGGAAGGUUGUGAAGAUUUCAGUAGGCCUUAUGCGGCUACAAGAUGGUGGACUGAAGGCUGCAAGAGGAACAGUGCUUCCCCUUUUGGUGCAACCAGAGGUGGAUGCCACUGAAUUGCAGAGAGCUGCUGAGCAAAAACUGAAGGCCUUCCACCGAAAGUUACAUGGUGGUCCCUUCUUACUGCUCUACCCUGACGGUACAAAGAUAAAUAAUAUACCAGGAACAGAAGUACCUUUCACUCUAAAAGAGUACAAGGAGACAUUGGGGAAGGCCUACCAACGAAUCACACUGUACAUUUGUGCAGCUGAAGAUUUCUUUACCUCUUCUCAGGAAACUAACUCUGAAUCUGACUUAUCAGAUUCAGAGGAGAUCAUCAGGAGAGGACCCUUAUUUGAAGCUGAGGCACCUGGAGAAAGUGCAUUGGAGUCAUUUCAGACUUCCCCGAGUCUAAAGGAGAAAGAGGAACGAAUGCGUUUCAAAAAGAAAAAAGUAACAUUAAAAGAGAAGCGGAAGGUUGUGAAGAUUUCAGUAGGCCUUAUGCGGCUACAAGAUGGUGGACUGAAGGCUGCAAGAGGAACAGUGCUUCCCCUUUUGGUGCAACCAGAGGUGGAUGCCACUGAAUUGCAGAGAGCUGCUGAGCAAAAACUGAAGGCCUUCCACCGAAAGUUACAUGGUGGUCCCUUCUUACUGCUCUACCCUGACGGUACAAAGAUAAAUAAUAUACCAGGAACGGAAGUACCUUUCACUCUAAAAGAGUACAAGGAGACAUUGGGGAAGGCCUACCAACGAAUUACACUGUACAUUUGUGCAGCUGAAGAUUUCUCUAACUCUUCUCAGGAAACCAACUCUGAAUCUGACUUAUCAGAUUCAGAGGAGAUCAUCAGGAGAGGACCCUUAUUUGAAGCUGAGGCACCUGGAGAAAGUGCAUUGGAGUCAUUUCAGACUUCCCCGAGUCUAAAGGAGAAAGAGGAACGAAUGCGUUUCAAAAAGAAAAAAGUAACAUUUCAAGAGAAGAGGAAGGUUGUGAAGAUUUCAGUAGGCCUUAUGCGGCUACAAGAUGGUGGACUGAAGGCUGCAAGAGGAACAGUGAUGCCCCUUUUGGUGCAACCAGAGGUGGAUGCCACUGAAUUGCAGAGAGCUGCUGAGCAAAAACUGAAGGCCGUCCACACAAAUUUACAUAGUGGUCCCUUCUUACUGCUCUACCCUGACGGUACAAAGAUAAAUAAUAUACCAGGAACAGAAGUACCUUUCUCUCUAAAGCAGUACAAGGAGAUAUUGGGAAAGCCCUUCCAACGAAUCACACUGUACAUUUGUGCAGCUGAAGAUUUCUCUAACUCUUCUCAGGAAACUAACUCUGAAUCUGACUUAUCAGAUUCAGAGGAGAUCAUCAGGAGAGAUGUUCAACAACAUCACAUUUGUAAGGAGGAUGAGGAUGAAGGGCAGCUUUGCAAGCAGGAGGGACAGUCCAAUCUGUACCAAGCAGAACCAGAACCUCCACAGAUCAAAGAGGAACCAGAGGAGCAGUGCGGUGGUCAGGAAGGAGAGCGGUUGGUGCAGAAUCAGGACACCGACGUGAAGGUGGAAAUCAAGUCUGAAUGCAGAGAAACAGCUGUAGACUCUGAAAGUAACAUGUUUGCAUUUAAGGAAGAAGAUCCACAGUAUUGCCACAGAAAUACUAUCAGGAUUCCUGAAAGACAGUUACAUGAAAUGGAUGUCCUGCAGCGACAUGACUAUAAAAUGGAGGAGGAUGACCCAGAACCUCCACAGAUCAAAGAGGAACCAGAGGAACUGUGCUGUAAUGAGGAGGGAGAGCAGCUGCUCCUGAGUCAGGAGCCUGAUGUGAAGGUGGAGUUCAUGUCUGAAUGUGAGGACAGUGAAAAUUUCAUGUUCGAGUUCAAGGACGAGACGGAUCAGGAGUGCAGUUUGCAGAACAUCAUCGACGAUUCUGAAGCAGAGCCGCGAAAUAAAGCUCAGACGUACUAAAAAACAAGCUCCUUUUGAAAAUCCGUCUUCAAAUGUUGAAGUGCAGUAAGUCUUUAAUUCACAUAUUAACCAGAUGACUUCACUAAUGGGAUUUUAUUUUGAAUAACCAGAAUUAGUAUCUGCAGGCUUCCUCUUCCGCUUCGGCCCGUCAUGGUUCACCAUCUGUGAGGCCGCAGAAUAUGGACUGAGCAUGCUCCAAGUGCUGUUAGGUUUUUGUCCUCUUUAAAUCUAUACUGAACAACAACUACACAAAACAUGAAAUGUAUGGACAUAGCUUUGAGGACUUCAUGCUGUAACGAGCACACAAGAGCUGAACUUCACUGACACCUGACAGGUGUGCUGUGCGCAUAAAGCAUGAAGUUGCGGACUUGUGGCCUGGUAAAGCGCAGACUGUAAGACUAUUUUGAUGUCAGGUCCUGUGAUCACGGGGGAGAGAAAUUAUUCUGGACUGAUUGGGUUUGUCACUCUGUGCUGUUCACAUGUAAUGAAUUCAGUAUUUUCGAUUUUCCUACAACGUAAACUUCUUUCUUAUACUAUUGUUAGAUCAUAGGUGUUUGGAAAAACAACAGUUUUGCCGGCUUGAACACAAUAGUGCAAAAUAAAAAUCUGAUAAACGGAUUGCUAAACCGUUCCCACGGAUUAAUCAAUUAUGCUCGUACUGUUUCAAAAUCGUGCGCGCGCACAGAUUGCAUGCGCAUGUCUCCAGAACACGGCCUGUGGCUAAUGAUGUCACGCUAUUAGAUUGGCUGUACGUUGGUCAGAUAGCGUGAAAGAUAGUGAUUGGUCUGGAUAAAUUACGAUAAAACCGUAGAAGAAGAAAUUUGAGUUCCGUUGUAAACAAAGCUCCUACAUGGAGUGAGAUGAUCUUCUAAACGGACUUUUAUCAUUAUUAUGAUUAUUAAUAAGUGCAUGCCCGCUUAGUCUUUUCUUUUAAAUCCGUGCGGCCCGGAAUGACCCGGACGAAUGGUUAGGAUUAGGUUAAUACAUGCUAACAACAUUUAGCCGUGAAUGAAUUUAAACCCGAAAAAUAUAAUCGGACUGGUAACACAAAUUCACAUGAUUGUUUGCAGGGUUUCUCAGGACUGUUCAUUCAAUAGCUGCCUCCACCCGUCCCAAAGCCGCUCCUCUGCUCGGAGAUACAAAUCUCCCAGGAGACUUUGUUCUCCUGUAUUCGGCAGCUCGCUCACGCAGAAAAGCCAGACAGUCUCCUCCGUUUCUUGCACACUGUAACAAAGCACCCUCCCCCGCCUGCAAACCCAAAGCUACGAGUCUGGCUGCUCUGCUCAGAGACACGCACAUGCAAUGUGGGCCCGCGCAAGAUUGCGCAAAAGUAUGAGCACAAUUGAUUAAUCUGUGGGCACAGUGUCGCAAUCCGUGCGCACAGUUUAUCAGAUUUUUUUAUUUAUUUUUUUUGGCCACUGGCACUUGGAGAGCUAUGUAACAAUGUUCUAUAGCUACUCACCUUUCUGCUAGGAUUGGCUUGGCUAGUUAAGCAAACCUAACUAAAAAAGAAUAUCCAAUUCGUUGAUGCUUUGGAGACGUUACUAUGUGUAAAAUAUUUAUGCAACUUUUAUAUUUAACAGCCACAUUCUCCACUUCAACUGAAUCCCUUUUGGGCGAUCAGGAGACGUUUGAUCCCCCCACGAGUGCGGGGCCUUCAACUCUGAACAGGAAAAGGAAGCGGAAGACGAGGCUAGACGCCAGCGAUGUGAUGAAAGCCUUCCUGAAAAUCCAGCAGCAGCAGCAUGAGGAGUUUAUGCGUGCUGAGGAGCUGCACCACCAGCAGGAGACACAGAUGCUGGAGAACUGGAUAAAGGCGGACAGGGAGAUGGAGGAACGUCACCUGGAACUGCAGAGGCAAACUAACCACAUGCUUGAAAGGAUAAUGACCCGACUGCUGGAUUUGGUGUCUCCGACGCAUCAGAAGAUGUCUCGGGCCCAACAAACUCCCCACAAUUUUUACUCUGAUAAUGAACUGAUGACAGAAGAAUCCAAACCAUGAUUGCCACAAACUUCGCCACACAAAGACUCAAGUUUGAUCAAAAUUGGUCCAUUUUUUUCAUCUUCAGUGCUGAUUAAUGUGAAGACUUUUGGUAUGGUCUACCAAAUAUUGUAUGCUUUUUAUGUUACCAAACAUUUUUUUGAUUUAGAUUAAAAUAACUUUUUCAAAGAAU